AUGGAUAAAGAAAUAAAUGUAACAUACAUAACUCUUAGCGGGUAUGUGGAAGUUAACAAAUACAGAUAUUUAUAUUUUUUGAUUAUGUUCACAGUCUAUAUCCUAAUAAUCUGCUGUAAUUCUACUAUUGUGUACCUCAUCGUGAUUCACAAAAACCUCCAUGAGCCUAUGUACGUUUUUAUUGCAGCCUUGCUACUGAACUCUGUUCUUUUCAGCACUGCAAUGUACCCAAAGUUGUUAAUUGACUUUUUAUCUGAAAAACAGAUCAUUUCUUAUUCAGCCUGUCUCUUUCAGUUUCAAAUAUUUUACUCUUUAGGCGGUUCAGAGUUCCUAUUGUUGGCAGCCAUGGCCUAUGACAGGUAUGUGUCUAUAUGUAAACCUCUGCAAUACCCGACUAUCAUGAGAAAAACCACUGUGAGGGUUUUCCUGGUUUUAGCCUGGCUCCUGCCAGCGUGUCAGGUUGCAGUACCAGCUGUACUGAGUGCUAACAGAAAACUCUGUAACUUUACUUUGAAGGGAAUUUUUUGUAACAAUUUAAUUUACAAACUUUACUGUGUGAGCUCAAGAGUGCUCUCUGCGCUUGGUUUGAUUAUUUUGCUCAAUAUUGUAUUUUUUCCAAUGCUCUACAUUGUUUUUACUUACACAAGGAUACUCAUCAUAUCCUAUCGGAGCAGUAGAGAAGUCAGGAAAAAAGCUGCACAGACCUGUUUACCUCACCUGCUGGUUUUAAUCAAUUUUUCAUUGUUGUGUACAUAUGAUGUUAUUAUACUUAGACUGGAAUCAGAUUUUCCAAAAACUGCCCGUUUAAUAAUGACUUUACAAGUGGUUUUGUAUCACCCUCUCUUUAAUCCAAUCAUAUACGGACUAAAAAUGAAAGAAAUCUCCAAACACCUGAAGAGGUUGUUCAGUCAAGUAAGAUGA